CAUGAAGGUGCUUCGGUGAGGGAGUGCUUGAAGAGCAACUUCUUUUUUUGACUCCUCCUUUCUGUUGCAAUCAUUGCUUGCUUGACAGGCCCAGACGGAAUUACAUCACUUCCUAAAACCCAUCAAAGAGAGUCCAUCUCCUCAAGAAAUGCAGCUCAGAUGCACCCCGGCAGGAAACAGGAAAUGUAAAUGUUUGGGUGAAGCAGGGAGCCAGCCAAAGCGCCCCUCAGGUGGGAGCACCGCCAAGGUAACAUGCGAAAGCAAAACCUCAUCGUGCUGCUUUCUGCCCUGUCACUGGCUGGAGGAUCUGCUGGGAAUGGCUUUGAAAACGAUGGUUCAGGAGAUGGAUCACCAAUAUUACCCACUGUUACAGUAACGCCUCCUGCUACACGUUCUUCAACUGCAGAUGACCAUGAGCCAGUACUUGGCACUGCAGGCGCUACUGAAAGCGGCCCUGAAGGAAGAAGUACUCCAAGUACUGAACUGGAUACCGUAAACGAUCAAGACAGCCUAGAAGCAGCAGAACAGUCUAUCUUGAUAUACGUUGUCCCUGUCGUGCUGCUGGUCCUGUUGAUUUUGCUCAUCAUAUCUUUUGUAAUACAUCAUAAAAGGAAAAAGUCUAAGCAAGAUGAGCUGGGAAGCGAAAAUGUGAAAAGUCCUAUUUUUGAAGAAGACACACCCUCUGUUAUGGAGAUAGAAAUGGAAGAGCUUGACAAAUGGAUGAACAGCAUGAACAAAAACGCUGACUGUGAAUGCUUGCCUACUGUAAGAGAAGAAGAAAAAGAAUCCAUUGCCAACCCAAGAAUGCAACUUGUUCCAAAACUUCUUUUCAGAUGAUGGUGAAUCAUGAAGUCACAAUAGCAAAGAACUGGUUAAAAUGAAGCAGUGCACAAGCUAACUAUCCUCCAGAUAUUGGAUGGACUGGAUUUACAUAGAAUUCAUCUCAAAAGGCCGGAGAAGCAAAAGCUUUUGUUGUGUUCUGCUACAUAGUCUUCAGAAAGGAAACAUCACCAAAGGGAAGGAAAUAGAAAAAGGAAGAGGACUAUAGUAAGAUCAGGGGCUGAUUUAAAUUCCUUCUGCAAUGAGAAUCAUCUCACAUCAAGAGAAGCCUUUUCUCCUCCUAAAAGUUCUCAAAAUAGUUCCUGUUUCUGUCUAGUCCUUCAGUUGUGUAUUGUGUGGCACUUAAAACCACUUCUGUUCCAAGUUUGGUGGGUUUGUUUUGUUUUGUUUUUUUUUUUUUUUGUGGGUUAUUGUUUUUAUAUAUAAAUAGCAGCCAUAAUUCUGGACUGCCCUGGUUUGGUGGAUGUGAUGCUCAUCCCUAUGCAAUGUUUGGUUUUCAAUUUUCUGUUCGGUACUGGUGCACUGAUUUGCACAGGGCAUCUGCUGGGGAGGUGCUAGACUAGGACUGACAGACCAACUCUGAGAACAGAGCAGCUGAAAAGACUCUCAAAGGAUUUGCCACAGGUGACUGCAGCCCAGUGAGGGCAUGGUUUGUGUAGCAUGCUUUUUGGUUUUCAAAUUAAAAGCAUUGGAGAAGUGAAAAAUA